UUGAGCGAUAAAGAAUAUUAAAUUUGCUUCUUUUUAUUAAUAAUGUAUAUCGACUGAUUAAUAGUCGAGAGAUGAAAGAAAAAUUCUAAAUUAAAAAAUCACAAUUUGUAUUUUAAAUACUUGUAAGAAAGAGAGAUGGAAAAAUUGUCGGAAGAGUGGGGUUUUACCUUUAAGAAGGUAAGAAAUCUUCUUAUCAAGUUCAGUAAUUUCUAUAGUACUAUUAGUGGUCAAAUCUAAUAUGAAGUUUAUUACAAUUUCUCUUUGUUGCCUCACAUUUUGCGCCGUUCUCGUCGCAACUAAUUCUCUAAAUAUACUUGAUAUCAAAGCUGAUAUUUUAAGCACUGAAAUUGAAUUAUGGGUGAAAUCGGGAAUAAAAUCGUCGCUUUUAAAGCAAGCAAUAAAAGCACUGGCUCUUCCAACCGCCCUUCAGCGAAAAGAUUUUAAAGCCUUAGAGGGAAUACAGGCAAUUACCAUUUGUACAAUAUGUAAUGUAAUGGUAAAAACAAUAGUGAUAUUGAGAAAAGGGGGAACUGCACCAGAAACUAUAUCGAAAUCGAUUGCCGAUUUGUGUACACUUUUUAAUUUACAAACAGAAGAAGUUUGUUCCGGUGUCGUUCAAUUAAAUGCACCGAUAAUUCUGAAGAUUGUGGACGCAAAACCAAAUAUCAAGGCGUCGGAUGUUUGUGGCGUGAUUUUGCAAAGUCAAGCAUGUUCCACGAGUAGUAGUGAAUAUAAUUGGUCAAUAGACGUCGAUGACAGUGAGCCGAAAUUAAUUCCAACUACAAAUGAUAAUGAGAUGAUGAAAAUUCUCCAAAUUACUGAUAUUCAUUACGAUCCGAAUUAUGAAGUGAAUGGCAAUGCAGGCUGCGCUGAACCGACCUGCUGUCGAAUGGGUCAAAAUUCCACCAACAAAAGAGGAAAACUAGCCAAAUAUUGGGGAGAUUAUAAUUUCUGCGAUGCUCCUUGGCACGCCGUUGUCGAUGCUCUUGAUCACAUGAAAAAUACACACUCGGAUGUAGACUACAUUUAUUUCACUGGCGACAUAAUAGAUCACGGAGUUUGGGAAACAACUUUAGAAGACAAUGCAAAAACCUUGACGAAAAGCUAUAAUUUAAUGAAGGAAACUUUUCCAAAUAAGAUGAUAUUUCCAAUUCUAGGCAAUCACGAGCCAAAUCCAGUUAAUGUUUUCGCUCCACACGAUAUUGAGGAGGAAGAACUGAGUACAGUUUGGCUCUACAAAUUACUAGCGGAUCUUUGGAUUAAUUACGGCUGGUUGCCAGAAUCUACACGAGCAACAAUUUUAAGAGGAGGAUUUUACACCGUUUCGCCAAGGAAAGGAUUCAGAAUUAUUGUCAUGAAUAAUAAUGUCUGUUACACUUACAAUUGGUGGAUUUUGUAUCAGCCAAAGGAUCAAGACGGUCAAUUAAAAUGGUUGAUGGAAACACUCCAUCAGGCGGAGAAUGACAAUGAAUUUGUUCAUAUACUGGCUCACAUUCCACCCGGUGAUAAUUCCUGUCUAGUUGCUUGGAGUCGAGCUUUCAGAAAAAUUGUCAAUCGAUAUUCACACAUUAUUUCCGCUCAAUUCAAUGGACACACGCACAAUGAUGAAUUAAAAGUCUUCUACAGUCCCGAUGACAAUUCGAAAAUUAUCAAUGUUGCUUGGAAUGGAGGAAGUAUCACAACUUACUCGAAUCUCAAUCCAAAUUACAAAAUCUACGAAAUCAAUGGAAACGAUUAUAAAGUCGAAGACUAUGAGACCUGGAUUUACAAUCUCACUGCAGCGAACGAAACUCCCGAUCGAAGGCCCGAUUGGUUUAAGCUUUAUUCUUUCAAAGAAGAAUACAAUUUAUCCGACACUUCUCCAAAUUCCUUGAACAAUUGGCUCGUCGAGAUGUCUAAAGACGAUAAAGCAAUAUUAAAAUACCACAGAAACUUUGUCAAAUAUGCGGAUCCAGCACUGAAAGAAAACUGCAAUUCUAAAUGUUUAAAAAAGCAAUUUUGUUCAAUUGUCACCAGUCAAGUGAAUAACAAAAAAGAAUGCACCUUCUUUGAAAAUUUGAACAGUCCAAUAUUUCAAAUGUUAAAUAAUACCGAAAUUGGAGUCUCCGUGAAUAGCAUUAUUGGAAAAGUAAAAGGCACAAUUUUCGGCUAAAGAAAGAAUUUCUAAUUUUUUUUUAAUAAAUGAAAAUUACUAGGAAAAAAUAAGAUCUGUCUAGAUUGAAAGAAAGUUUUCUUAAAGAAAAAAGAAAGAUUAGAUUAAGUUUUUUUUGUACGAAACUGACUGAAAAAAUGCAAGAAUUUUUUAUAAUAAACAAUUUUUUUCACAGUA